AUGAUGAAUCAUCAGCAUGAUGUAGAACGGAUAGAAGAUGAAGGUAGUGGAUUCAUAUCUGACUCAAAGGUAGCAAAGGAAGAGAAAAUGGCAUUAGCGCCAAAAUCCGAUUUUGAUACAGGUACUGCAAGAAGAACCGAUCCUUGCAAUCCCAGUCGAUACCCAACUACUCCUGCAAGUGCACAGUACCCGCAUGGCGAGAUAAACGAUCCAUGCCAUCCACCACCAAUCACUGAUCAUAUGCCGUGGCCUGACGCUAUUGCAAACCCGACUCCAAGUCCGCCGUAUCCUCAACAGCCUUCGCACUUGUUACAUUUCUUCGAAACCCAGAUGCGAGAUCACGCAGCAGCCUUCGCAAACGCAGCUGCUGGAGCGGCAUGGGUUAGCGCUCAGAUAGCAGCUGAUAUGGCCUCAGCUUCAACGACAACAAACGCAAUGCAUUACCCAGUCGCUCCGCAAUUUUUACCCAGGCCACCAUACAUGUUUCAAAAUGUACCAAUGAUGCAGCCAUAUCUAGUUCCACAGAAUUCCCCAACGCAAUUCGUCGGAUUUGAUGGCCAACUGCAGCCCGAAAACAAUUUCUACGGAAUUCACGAGGACGAUGCUUUUGAGAACUCCUCGUCUUCCGAAUGUAUGCAUCGACGACGGAAACGACAGCAAUGUGGGCCUCCUUCGGCAAUUCCAAGUAGCAGCAGCGAAAAUGCAAGUCUUUCAUACCUAUCCCCAGUGACUGGACCCAGCGGAAGGAGAAGGAGACGAGCAAGAAACAACAGGUCAUCGCACAGCGAAUCCCAGCCUUCAUGUCACAAUACCAGGAGUCGUCGAAGGAAUCGAAGAGUUGCGCUGACAUCAUCAGGGAGUGAUGGAGGCAAUGCGUACAAUAUCACCAAGAAGAAACAACGUCAGCCAGAACCAGAUAACAGCUCGCUCCUAGGGAAAACUGGUGUUGCAGCAUUAUAUGUAUUUUGUGAAAAACGACGAACAACACCACACUUCAAGCUGAAAGAUCGAAGCGAUGAAAGAAUUGGUCCCACGGUCGGAGGGGAAGAUUUUGAAAUAGUCGUAUCUGUUGAUGGACGUGUUUUUGGACACGGACAAGGGAAAAACAAAUCAGGUGCCAAGCAAGAGGCGGCACGUCUUGCGUUGCAAACUCUGCUGCCUGGUGUCGAAUUCGACAAAGCAAGUGGUAUCCUUAUCAAUUUGCCGGAGGCCUCUGUUUCUCGAAAGAGUGUUCAAAACCUCUGGUCUCAACGGGAGGCUGCCACUACAGCUGAAGAAUUGGCACCAAAUCUUGCAAAACUACUUGCUAUCGGACGAGAGAAUGAAAGGGACGACCAGGCUAGUUGGGUCGCUACAGCAGACGCCGAGAAGACGCAUGGUCUUCACCGGAGAAAAAACAUGUACCCUGAGACCUCUACAACCUCGGAAGAAGAAAAUGAAGAUACGUAUUAUGCUUCUCGGGGUGCAUCAGUUUGCAGCGCACUAUUGCAUGCCAUGGUACAAAUCGAUGAAAAAAUCCCAGAACCACCAGUCUAUACAUACCAUGUUUCAGCAGUCGGUCCACCUCUGAGGCACAAGCAUCACCUGAAGCGAAAGGCAGGUGGGCCAUUGUGCACUACGAGUGUUAUCCAUCGCGGAAGUUUCAACUGCACUGGAACAAUGAGUGUGGAAAUUAGCAACCCGGAUCCAGGAAAACCAUCUUUUGACAUUCUUCAAGCCAUUGGAAUUGGCGGGACAAAGCGUGAAGCGAGACAUAGAGCUGCUGCGAAACUGUUGGCGAUGUUAUUUCCAGAAUGUGAAGGCAUGGUAGCAGUGAAACAAGCUGCUGAGGCCUUUAGGGAAAAAUAUGCUGCUGAUAAAGCGCUGAAGCAACAAUCAAAACGCCAUAGACCAUAUGUUGACAUCAGCUGCAGUAGCCGUCAGACACUAAUACCAUACAGUGACUUAAAAACAGAGGGACAACGAGGAUACCAAUUCGCUCUAGCAACUAAUGGUCCGGCAUUUUCUGCUGCUGGGGAUCAUAUUUUGUGCGCUUUGCAAUGUACAACACAAAAAGAUGAAUUGAAUGCGUUUUUUUCAGUCGGGCCGUCGCAAAGCCGACAGCAAAGCCGUCAAGAACAACUCGAUAGUGCCGUUUCUUUGGCACUCCAGAAACUGAAUGAGCACGAUGAAGACGGUCGGACUCUACCUGACGAAUUGACUGUGGAUGAUGUUGGACGGACGGUUUUGAGGAGAUCCACCUUGGCUGAUGUUCAUUGGAUCAUGAACUUGAUAGAAGGCGAUGGGCAGCUGCUUUCCUUAUUUUCCCCAUUACGUAGAAAACUGAACAGUCCAAAACGCACUGCUGUGGAGAGUGGCGAGAUCAAUAUCUCUCUCCUUCGCCACUGGCUAUCAUCAUCAGUUGUACUUCUUUUGUGCCGUGCAAUUGCUCCAUUCGAAGAUCCACCACUGGGCUGUGCCGCCCUGACAAUGGGCUUUUCAAUGGAGAAAGGCUGCAGUUUGCAAAUCACUCAGAUCGCAAGCAAAUCACACUUGCCCCGCGAAAGAUUCAUAGAAGUACUCCAAUCAUUUUCACAGGAAAUGUCAUCUAUAUUGGAAUUCCCAAAACAAACCCGGUCUGCUGCUGCAACAAAGAUACGGCGCAACGAUAUAGAAGAUAUUAUUCAGUCACAUCUGUUGAUUCCUGAGCGUCCAACCAAUGCUAGGAGGCAGAAGAAAAGUGUUUGCCAAGUUUUGAAGAAAACGGUAUCCCAAGUUUCGAAGCAGGAUGAACAAGAGCAUCUUCUAUCUACACGCUUGCAGUCGGUACAGGAAGAGAUUGAAGAUUGUGGUGAUUGCUCUGGCUUAGAAUUUGCAUCGGAAAAGCGGAACUCCAAGCAAGGGCAGGUAAAAUCAAGCAAGAGAUCUAGGGUACAGUAA